UACGCUGCCGGUCCGAAAAAUUGAACUUUUAUACAGUUUUUGCUCGUUAAUUCCAGUAAUACAUAAUGGAAGCUGAACCUGUUGUUCGUGAUUCGGUACCCGAAUCUAAACCCGAUGAAACGGAGACGAAGUCUGAUGCGCCGGCAAAACCGGAGAUACCGGCAGCGCCAGUAAAAGCUAAGGAAAAUGAGUAUGCCUAUCUCGACUCAACGGGAUUCACGUCGGAACGUUUCAAGAUUGAAAUAAGAAAUCUGCCGAAAUAUUAUGGAAUUGCUGAACUCAAAAAACUACUAAACACGGAACUAUCCCUCUCGACGAACAAGAUCAAAAUUAUGCGGCCAGGUUGUCCGUUUCUGUUCGUGUGUUUCCGGGAUGAAGAAGGUCGACAAGCUGCAAUAAAAACCCUUGAUGGAUACACGUGGAAGAACAAAAAGCUGCAGGCGUUCGAAGCAAAACCCGCACCGGAUCCCCUGGUAAAGCGGAGGAACGAAGCAUCCGGUGCGGAUGGGGUAGUCUCGAUAAAAAAGCGAAAGUCUCUUGAGGAAUCGGUCACGGCAUUGGCUUACCUCAGCUAUGAAGAUCAGUUGGUUCAGAAGCAGUCAGAAAUGCGAAACGUGCUCAUAACACUCGGAAAAGAAAUCUGGAAAAAUUGUCCCGGUUUGAGGUCACACGUAGAAGCCCAAAGGAAGCUGCACGAUGGGCUACCGUGUAAACUGGAAGGCAUUCGAAAAUCGCCACAAGUCGAUGGGUAUCGUAACAAGUGCGAAUUUUCCGUUGGGAAGGAUGAGCAUGGUGAAAUUCGAGUUGGUUUCCGUGUUGGGAGCUAUUCGAAUGGAUUCCUGGACGUUGAGUCGCCUCAGAAUUUGAAAAAUGUUUCGGAUAAGAUGAAAAAUGCUGUAAAGUUCUAUGAAGAGUUCGUUCGAAAAUCCACGUAUGAAGUGUACAGCCCGGAAACGUACAAGGGCCACUUUCGGCAGUUGACCGUACGAACUUCCAGCAGUACGGGAGAAGUUAUGGUUGUUAUUGGGAUUCAUCCGCAGUCGCUAAGUGAGGUAGAAUUGAAAGCAUUCAAGGCAUCUGUUGUGGAAUGGUUCACAGCCGACAAGGCCAAAGAAAUUGGCAUCAGUUCAGUCUAUCUGGAAAAGAUAGAAAAACGGAAGGCAGGACAAAGUGUAAAUCCGGUUGAGCAUCUUCAUGGAGAAACGCACAUUGUGGACGUUAUUCACGGGUUAAAAUUCCGUAUUAGUCCUCUGGCAUUCUUUCAAAUUAACACUCCUAGCGCCGAGGUGCUGUACCAGUGCGCAAUCGAUCUCGCUGAAUCGACCCAACAGACGAGUAUUUUGGACAUCUGUUGUGGAACCGGAACGAUUGGGCUGUGCUUUGCCAAACACUGCAAGCAGGUGUUGGGUGUUGAAAUAGUUCAGCAAGCGAUCGAAGAUGCCAAGUACAAUGCUGAACUGAACAAGAUCGAUAAUUGUAAAUUCUUCGCUGGGAAUGCUGAUGAUUUGAUCACGUCGUUGAUUAGGAAUGCCAACAUCCAAACAGGGGAGAAUCUGGUGGCCAUUGUGGAUCCUCCGAGGGCUGGAUUGCAUGUCCGUUCGAUCACUCAACUGCGCAACGCUCGGGGUUUGAACCGGUUGAUUUAUGUAUCCUGCUCGCCUCAGAGUGCGGUAAAGAAUUGGGUCGACUUGAUGCGGCCUUGUUCGAAGGUGAUGCGGGGUGUGCCGUUUGUAGUCAAGAAGGCAAUUUCGGUUGAUUUGUUUCCUCAUACACCGCACGUUGAGCUUGUGCUGCUAUUCGAGCGGGAUCCCGAGAAGGACGAAUCCGAAGAGGUUGUUGUGGAAGCAGAGGUGAAACCGGAUGCUGAUGCGGAGAUGAAAACAGUUGUUGCUGCUGAUACGGAGUCGAAGACAACGGUUGUUGGUGAAGUGAAGGACGAUACUACUGAACAGGAAUAGUGUACCAAAAUGCUGCGGUAUAUUAUGGUAAGCAUUAAUUACUAUUUGAAAGUUUUUCAUUAAAUUCCAACACAAAAUAAGCA